AUCACUUUCCUAGUAAGUCUCUAUUUCCCAUCACAGGAGCGCAGAGAGAGACUAUGUCUGUGUGGGGUCUGAAUAACUAAAAAGAGAAACUGUUGGGUCUGUGUCGUUCAGUACCCAUCCCAUCAUAUAUUCUAGUGGUUUUUUUUUCAAGACUUAGGCUGGAAGUUUCUUCCUUAGCAAGGAGCUCAAAAGUUCCAGCCUUUCAGUCGUCACUAUUCCAUCAUCAUCUUCAUCACCCAUCAGAUUCACUGGUUUUGUUUUGAUUAAUAAUGGUGUACAGAGUGAAGCUGAAAAGCCAUUGAACCUCUGCAAUUAUGGAAGUAGACAGAUCCCGGGAACUUUCUGCUGAACCUCUCUCAUUUGCUAGAAGUUAUCAACUUGAAGCUCUAGAGAUGGCAAUCAAGAAGAACACUAUAGUGUUCUUGGAGACUGGCUCUGGCAAGACUCUGAUUGCCAUUAUGCUCCUGCGCAGCUUUGCCUAUCUUCUCCGCAAGCCUUCGCCUUUCAUUGCAGUCUUCUUAGUUCCCCAAGUUGUGUUGGUCCCUCAACAAGCUAAAGCGGUGGAAAUGAAUACUGACUUGAAAGUGGGCAUGUAUUGGGGAGAUAUGGGAGUUGACUACUGGGAAGCUGCCACUUGGAAGCAAGAAACAGAAAAAAACGAGGUGCUUGUGAUGACACCUGCAAUUUUGCUUCAUGGUUUGAGGCAUAGCUUUUUCAACCUAACCAUGAUAAAAGUUUUAAUAUUUGAUGAAUGCCACCAUGCAAGAGGCAAACACCCAUAUGCUUGCAUUUUGACGGAGUUCUAUCACCGCCGGUUAGAUUCUGCUAAAUCUGAUAUUCCUAGAAUACUUGGGAUGACUGCUUCCCCCAUAAAGUCAAAAAGUGGAGACUCUGAAUUCUCUUUCUGGGAAAAGAUUAAUGAACUUGAGACCAUGAUGAAUUCAAAGGUUUAUACAUGUGCUAGUGAAUCUGUGCUUGCUCAGUUUAUACCAUUUUCAACUGCGAAGUUUAAAUUUUACAGAGACUGGAAAGUUCAAUCCACUCUAUAUGCUCAGUUAGGUAAUAAGUUGCAGGCUUUAAAAGAAAAGCAUGAACGCUCACUGGAAAACUCUGAUCUCAAAGAGUCUACCAUAGAUUCUGCAAGCAAAAAGAUAACAAAGAUUUGGUUAGCUUUAUUAUUCUGUUUGGAUGAACUAGGUAUUUGGUUGGCUUUAAAGGCUGCGGAGUCUUUUUUAUGCAAUGAAUUUGACUUAUGCAAUGAAACUGGCUCAAUUUCAUGGGGGAAAUUGGAUGUUCUUAGUGAAAAAAUUGUCAAAAAUUUCAGUUCAGAUGCCUUCAAGGCAUUUGCAGCUUGUGUUCCUUCAGGUCCAGGGUGGUCUAUUGGUGAUAACAUUAACGCCAGUAUGGAUGCAGGGCUUCUAACUUCAAAAGUUAUCUGUCUCAUUGAAUCUCUUCUUGAAUACAGGGAUUUAAAGGAUAUUCGGUGUAUAGUUUUUGUGGAAAGGGUCAUUGCAGCCGUUGUCUUACAUUAUCUAUUGAACGAGUUGCUUCCGAAAUAUGGCAGCUGGAAGUCUAAAUACAUUGCAGGGAAUAACUCCAGGUUGCAAUCCCAAACAAGGAAAAUACAAAACGAAAUUGUGGAAGAAUUUCGUAAAGGCGUGGUUAACGUCAUUGUUGCAACAUCAAUUCUUGAAGAGGGUUUAGAUGUUCAAAGCUGCAACUUGGUUAUUAGAUUUGACCCUUGUUCCACUGUUUGUAGUUUCAUACAGUCUCGAGGCCGAGCUAGAAUGCAAAAUUCAGAUUAUUUGUUAAUGUUGAAGAGUGGGGAUGGUGCUACUGAAUCUCGACUGAAGAAAUAUCUUGCUAGUGGAGAUAUUAUGAGAAAGGAGUCCUUACUUCAUUCUUCGCUUCCUUGCUCACCUCUUAAAUGUGAUUCAAAUGAUGAGGAAUUUUAUCGUGUUCAAAGCACUGGAGCGAUUGUUACUCUUACCUCUAGUGUUGAAUUAAUAUACUUCUAUUGCUCACGGCUCCCUUCGGAUUGCUAUUUUAAACCUGCUCCAAGGUGGGAUAAGAUGACUCAUACUCUACAUCUUCCCAUGAGCUGUCCAUUACCUGAAGUUGUUGUACAACGGGAUGUUGACCCAAAAAUUUUAAAGCAGAUUGCCUGUCUUGAAGCAUGCAAGCAACUUCAUGAGAUUGGUGCAUUGACGGACAAUCUUGUUCCAGAUAUCGUUGUGGAAGAAGCCGAUGCACAAGAGAGUGGGAAAGAACCUUAUAAUGAUGAGCAACCCUGUUACUUCCCACCUGAACUGGUUGAUCGUUGUACAAAGAAUUCUAAUAUAAUGUAUUAUUGCUACUUAAUUGAGUUGAAGGAGAACUUUAGUUAUGAUAUUCCAGUUCAUGAUAUUGUUCUUGUUGUGAGAAGUGAAUUAGAACCUGAUAUUGGAAGCUUUCAUUUUGACUUGGAUGUUGACAAGGGUAGUUUGACAGUGAAUUUUAAAUAUGUAGGUUUGAUUCAUCUUACACCAGAUCAGGUCCUUUUGUGUAGAAGGUUUCAGAUAACUGUUUUAAGAGUUCUUAUAGAUCGUAAUUUGAACAAGUUAAAGGAGGUUUUGGAUGGAUAUUGUCUUGAUGAUAAUCAUGAGAUUGACUAUCUUUUGCUCCCAGCCACUGGCAAACAUCACAGACCUAUUGAUUGGGAAUGUGUUCUUUCUACAGAGUUUUCAUGUGGAAAAGCUUGUGAAUGUCAUGUGCAAUGUGGUUCCAAGGGUCAUGCUCGUAGAAUACAAACCAAAGAUGGUCCUGUAUGCACUUGCAUGCUUCGUAAUUCUUUGGUUUAUACGCCUCACAAUGGUCAUGUGUAUUGCAUAACUGGAAUUCUGGGAUUGAAUGGAAAUGCACCUCUAAAACUUAGGGAUGGCAGAAUUGUUACUUACAAAAAGUACUAUGAAGAGCGACAUGGCAUCAAGUUGUGUUUUGAUUACGAAUCAUUGCUUCAUGGGCGACACAUUUUUCAGGCACAAAAUUACCUUCAGAGAUGCAAAAAACAGAAAGAGAAAGAGUCAAGUAAUACGUUUGUGGAAUUGCCUCCAGAACUUUGUUCUAUAAUCAUGUCGCCAAUAUCGAUCACCACAUUUUAUUCCUUCUCAUUUGUUCCGUCAAUCAUGCAUCGGCUCGAGUCUCUGCUUAUAGCUGUCAACCUAAAAAAGAUGCCCCUGGAUCAUCAUUGCAUGCAAAAUGAUCUUAUUCCAACCAUGAAGGUCUUGGAAGCAAUUACUACAAAGAAAUGCCAAGAGAAAUUCCACUUGGAAUCUUUAGAAACUCUAGGAGAUUCUUUUCUCAAAUAUGCAGCUAGUCAACAGCUUUUUAAAACCUAUCAAAAUCAACACGAGGGUCUCCUUAGUGUGAAGAAAGAAAAAAUAAUUUCUAAUGCAGCUCUUUGCAAGUUUGGAUGUCGCCGCAAAAUUCCGGGAUUUAUACGCACUGAGCCCUUUGAUCCUAAAAUGUGGAUAAUUCCUGGUGAGAAAUCUGGGAGCAAUGCAUUAAAUGAGGAGUUGCUUUCCAAUAACAGAAAAAUCUAUGUUAGGGGAAAUAGGAAGGUGAAAAGUAAAAGAGUUGCUGAUGUCGUUGAGGCCCUAAUUGGUGCAUUUCUUAGCACAGGUGGUGAAACAGCAGCCUUAUUAUUUAUGUAUUGGAUGGGUAUAAAGGUAGAUUUUAACAUUACACCAUAUGAGAGGCACUUCCAAGUUCAUGCUGAGAAGCUUAUAAAUGUCAGACGUUUGGAGACCCUGUUGAACUACUCAUUUCAUGACCCUUCCUUGUUAGUGGAGGCAUUGACCCAUGGUUCUUACAUGCUUCCUGAGAUUCCAAGAUGUUAUCAGCGACUUGAAUUUCUUGGGGAUGCGGUGUUGGAUUAUCUCGUGACCCUGCAUUUCUACAAUAAAUAUCCUGAGUUGUCGCCUGAACUUCUAACUGACAUGAGAUCUGCUUCUGUGAACAAUGAUUGUUAUGCACGAUCUGCAGUGAAGUAUGGACUGCAUAAACACAUUCUUCAUGCGUCCCAAGAUCUCCAUAGACAUAUAGUAGGAACUGUGGACAGUUUUGAGAAAUUAUCUUCGGAAUCAACUUUUGGAUGGGAGUCACAGACAACUUUUCCCAAGGUACUGGGUGAUGUAAUAGAGUCUUUGGCUGGAGCCAUUCUUGUUGAUUCAGGAUACAAUAAGGAGAUAGUCUUCCAGAGUAUGAGGCCUCUUUUGGAGCCCUUAAUUACACCUGAAACAGUGGUGUUCCAUCCUGCAAAAGAGUUGAAUGAACUAUGCCAACAAGAGCAUUUUAACAUGGAAAAACCCAUUAAGUCCACUAACAAGGGCGGGGUUUCCAUUACAAUAGAGGUUGAAGCUGAUGGGAUCUUGUUCAAGCAUACAGCUACAGUUGCUGAUAAAAGGAUAGCCAAAAAAGUAGCUUGCAAAGUUGUGUUGGAUUCCUUGAAGAAACACAUUGCCAUGACAAGAGCACUGGAAGUAAGUAAAAGAUGAAGCUCUUCACUUUCAAAUGGUAAAAAAUUUGAAAGAAUCGAGCUAUAGGUGAAGUUGUAAAAACUUGAAAGAAGAGUUAUAUAGGCGUUGUAAAGAGUAAAGACUUACAGGUGAAGUACAAAAAAAAUGUAGCGUGGUGUUGUAAAUUCCUUUAUUUUCUGGCAACGAAUUUGUGGUACUGUUGCCAAUUGAUUCAACAGAGUUUGCCUGGAAGUAGCAAUGAAGGCAAUGUUGUAAUUUUGAAAAUGAAUUUGUUGCUUUUAUGAAUGGUAUUAUUAUUGCCAGUGGCUUGAGAAUACUAGGUAGAAAUGUUUUCUUUUCCCA